AUGGUCAACACAGCCUAUGGAGAGAAGGUGGAGGAGAACAAGGAGCUGCCCACUACCACGGUCAACCAUGACAUCGAACAAGGAACUCAUUCCACCGUUCUCCGACGUGGUCUCCAAGGCCGGCAUAUGCAGAUGAUCGCCAUUGGGGGAUCUAUCGGCGCCGGUCUUUUCGUCGGUUCCGGUUCAGCUUUGCAAUCGGGUGGUCCUGCUUCUCUCGUCAUCGGUUUCAUCAUCAUCGGCGCCAUGUUACUCUGUACCGUGCAAGCGCUGGGUGAACUGGCCGUCCUCUAUCCUGUCAACGGUGCCUUCUAUGUCUACAGUGUGCGAUUCCUCGACCCGGCUUGGGGUUUCGCCGUCGGUUGGCAAUAUGCGAUUGGAUGGUUGAUCACGUUACCUUUUGAAAUCACCGCAGCUGGCAUAACCAUCGAUUACUGGCACCAUUACAAUAUUGGAAUCUGGAUUGCGGUCUUCCUUUCCACUUUGAUCAUCGUCCAAUUCUUCGGGGUCAAAGGUUAUGGUGAAGUCGAAUUCGUCCUCGGUAUAAUCAAGAUCGUUGCCGUCCUUGGGUUCAUCAUCUUUGGUAUCAUCGUCGAUUGUGGUGGUGUACCUACAGACGACCGCGGAUACAUUGGAUUCCGGUAUUGGGAUGAUGCUGAACACGGCAACAAGGCCUUCCGAAACGGCUUCAAGGGCUUCUGCUCAGUCUUCGUCACUGCUGCCUUCGCUUUCGGUGGGACUGAAAUGGUCGGUUUGGCCGCAGCCGAAGCCGCCAACCCCAGGAAAUCCCUUCCCAAGGCCACCAAGCAGGUCUUUUGGCGAAUUGCCGGUUUCUAUGUCGUCUCCCUGCUCAUCAUGGGUCUCAUCGUCCCGAACAGCUCUCCCGAUCUCUUGAACUCCUCGGGUGCGAACACCAAAGCUUCCCCCUUUGUGCUUGCGAUCAAAUAUGCUGGUGUCAAGGGUCUUCCAUCUGUCUUCAAUGCCGUCAUCACCAUCUCGGUCAUGUCAGUGGCAAACUCUUGCACGUAUGGCUCGACUCGUACGAUGCAGGCUCUCGCUCAAAGUGGAAUGGGACCGAAAUUCCUCUCUUGGGUCGAUAAGAAGGGUCGUCCCGUUUGGCCAGUCGUCAUUCAAAUGGUAUUUGGUCUUUUGGCCUUUAUCAACGAAGCCGAAGACGGCGCGACGGUCUUCAACUGGCUCCUCGCCUUGACCGGUCUGUCUUCCUUCUUCGUCUGGGGUUCCAUCUGCCUCGCUCACAUCCGCUUCCGUCAAGGAUGGAAGUCUGCCGGCCGUACCCUUGAAGACCUACCCUUCAAGUCACAACUCGGCGUGUACGGAUCGUACGUCGGCGUCUUCCUCGUAGCCAUCUGUCUCGCAGCCACCUUCUACAUUUCUCUCUUUCCUAUUGGAGGAAAUCCCGACGCCGAGGCUUUCUUCGAAAGCUACAUCGCCGCACCAAUUGUGUUGGCCCUCUUUGCUUUCUGGAAGGUGUGGACCAAGGACACGAGCUUUGGUGUCAAGACUAUAGAUAUGGACCUCGAUACUGGGCGAAGGGACUUUGAGGAGUUGCCUCCACAGGAGGAGGAGAGAAAGAUGAGUGUCGGCCGUAGAUUAAGUAGAGCCAUCUUUUAA